GGGGGUGGGGCCUAGGCUGCGGGAACUGGAGGAGGGGAAGAAAAGGGAAUUCCAACCUGUGGAACCCUGGGGUCCCGGUGGUUAGCUCCUUCCCAUUGACUGCGGAUUGUGUCAGGGACAGACACUGCUGGCGGCCCGUGGGGGGGGGGGGGGGUCCGCAGGGUGAAGGCGGAGGGGAGAGCCAGGGUGUGAGGAGGGGACGGGAGUUCCAAACUUAGAAUCUUGAGGCCCUCGGGGCUCAGGGGCCGGGGAGAGGGAGCUCGAGUCGCCAUGCGGGACAGGACCCAAGAGCUGAGGCAGGGGGAUGACAGCUCGGACGAUGAGGACAAGGAGCGGGUCGCGCUGGUGGUACACCCGGGCACGGCACGGCUGGGGAGCCCGGACGAGGAGUUCUUCCAGAAGGUCCGGACGAUUCGGCAGACUAUUGUCAAGCUGGAGAAUAAAGUCCGAGAGUUGGAGAAACAGCAGGUUACCAUCCUGGCCACGCCCCUUCCCGAGGAGAGCAUGAAGCAGGACCUGCAGAACUUGCGGGACGAGAUCAAACAGCUGGGGAGAGAGAUCCGCGGGCAGCUAAAGGCUAUAGAGCCCCAGAAGGAGGAAGCUGAUGAGAAUUAUAAUUCGGUCAACACGAGAAUGAGAAAAACCCAGCACGGGGUCCUGUCCCAGCAAUUUGUGGAGCUCAUCAACAAGUGCAACUCGAUGCAGUCUGAAUACCGGGAGAAGAAUGUGGAGCGGAUUCGGAGGCAGCUGAAGAUCACAAAUGCUGGAAUGGUGUCUGAUGAGGAGCUAGAACAGAUGCUGGACAGCGGGCAGAGCGAGGUGUUUGUGUCCAAUAUAUUGAAGGACACACAGGUGACUCGACAGGCCCUAAAUGAGAUCUCGGCCCGGCACAGUGAGAUCCAGCAGCUUGAACGCAGUAUUCGUGAACUUCAUGAGAUCUUCACUUUUCUAGCUACUGAGGUGGAGAUGCAGGGGGAGAUGAUCAACCGGAUUGAGAAGAACAUCCUGAGCUCAGCAGACUACGUGGAACGUGGGCAGGAACAGAUCAAGAUUGCCCUAGAGAACCAGAAGAAGGCUCGGAAGAAGAAAGUGUUGAUUGCCAUCUGUGUGUCCAUCGUUGUCCUCAUUCUGGCAGUCAUCAUUUGCGUCUCCAUAUGGACUUGAUAGCAUCGUGCAUUUUCGGCACUAAGAGCAUCAGGGACCCAGGGUCUGCCUUCUCUGCCAGCAGCUGAGCCAGGGGCAGCACAGAACCUCCAGCUGGACCCCCUUCUCAUACUGGCCCUGUGCAGAAGGGAAGACAGUUCUUCUGGGGUUGAUAGCCACUCGAUCAUGGGGGCCUCUGCCCUUGGGCCACAGUGCCUGGCUUCCGCCUGCAGUGUCCUAUUUGGAUGGCACACAUGGUUUUGUAAGAAAUUAAAAACGAAAAAAGGUUGGAGACUCCCCUGUGCAUGUGUGUUCCUGAGGGCUGGCUCAGGGCCUCCAGGUGUCCAGCCUUCGCACCUCCUGGCCAUCCUGCCAGGCCCAGAUUAGGCAGGCCUAAAUCAGACUGUUCUAGGCACUGUGACUACAGCUGGCACUGCCCUUCUGCCUCCCACAGGAACAGGUGGGACUGGGAGGGGUAACACCCACAUCUGGCUCAGUACUGUCCCUGGGGAAAGACCACUGGGUACCUAACCCUGAAGCAGUGAGGCUGGGCCAGCAAGGACACGGGGAAGCGGGGCAUUAGUGGGCAUUCCUGAGGCCAAAAAGAAGAGGCAUUGUGAGUAACUGAGGCUAUUACUUUGGAUACAGUGGACAGGGAAGGGCCUGUCUCAGAGGGGUGACAUUUGAGUGGAAUGUUAAAUGAGGAGCCAGUUAUGGAAGAGGUUGCCAGGCAGUGUCCCAAUAGGCCCUGUGCCCAGAAAGAGCCAUGGCCUAGCCUUUUUCCUGACUUCAGCCGAGAGCCAGCACUAGGGAUCAGCACACACCGUUCCUAAGGGACUGUACGGCUGAAGAAGGCUGAGGAGGCAGAGGAACCUGGUUUCUAUGAGGCACUUGAGCUCCA